CCUACAUUCCAAUGUGCUAUACGUGCUACCGGUGCAACGGUUCUGCACUACCGCUGGAAUGUUUCUCCCGCCUGCGCAGACCGACGGGACCAUCAAGAAUGCGUGGCGGCUUACCGGAUACUACCUAGAUUCGUUGUGCCCUAGUCAAGGCCCUGCCGAUAUAAAGCUGUCACUGUACCGUCUUGUUUCCGCCAACCAGCACCAUGUCGUCGCUGCCUCUGUUCACGGUCUUGAUCCUUGAUCUCGGAGAUGUUCUCUUCACUUGGUCUCCAGACACGAAGACUCGCGUUGCACGCCGCCUCCUGAGGGAUAUGCUGUCCUCUGAGACGUGGAAGGCCUAUGAGCGCGGCCGCCUAUCCCAGGAGGACUGCUACUCGCGUCUCGCCGCCGACUUCUCGAUUCACGUAGACGACAUCGCGUCGGCUCUCCAGAAAGCUCAGGAAUCGCUGCGUGUCAAUACGCAGCUGGCAGACCUCAUCAGGGAGCUGAAGGCGUCCGACGAUGCCUUGCAGGUCUACGCCAUGAGCAACAUAUCCAUCCCCGAUUAUAACGUCGUACGCCAGAUGCCUUUGGACUGGGCGAUCUUCGACGAGGUGUUCCCGUCUGGGCUCAUCGGUGAACGCAAGCCCGACAAGGCUAUCUACGAGCACCUCGUCGCCAAGACAGGCAUUGACCCCCGGUAUGCUGUUUUCGUCGACGAUAAACCGGAGAACGUCUCCACCGCGCGUUCCCUUGGGAUGCACGGGGUCGUCUUCGACUCCCUCGACAAGGUCAGCACGACUUUGCGAGAGCUGUUCUUAGGUCCACUGCGAGGGGCGUACCGCUACUUGCGGGCGAACGCUGGUGCCCUGGACUCCGUGACAGACAACGGUCAUAUCUGCAAGGAGAACUUCGCACAGCUGAUGAUAUUGGAAGUGCUCGGCGACGAGUCAUUGAUAGCUUACUCCGAAGCACCGUUUAUAUGGAACUUCUUCCGAGGGAAACCUUUGUUCUACGACACCUUUCCUGACGAUUUUGAUACAACCGCUCUCGCCUUGACUGUGCUUGAACGGGACCCUGACCUGCUCGCAAAAGUCAUGGAUGAAAUGUUGCAUUGGACCGAUGAUAGAGGGCUCCUCUUUAUGUAUCACGACAAGACUCGGCGUCGUAUUGACCCCUACGUGAAUAUCAAUAUUCUUGUGCUUUUCUUCCGACACCGUCGCGGAAGAGAACUGGCCCGCGCCCUCGACUGGGUCAUCGAAGUGCUCGACCAGCGCGGCUACAUGAACGGAUCGAGGUACUACACAUCGCCGGACACGUAUCUGUACUUCAUGAGCCGCCUCCUCGCUUGUCCCUUUGACGAGAGCCUGCAAGACCGAGCGAUGCCAAUAUUCGUGGACCGCGUGAAGGAACGCGUGGGUGUUCCCGGAGAGCCGAUAGACCUCGCCAUGCGGGUGAUAGUCUGUUGCAGACUUGGGAUCAACGACGAGGUCGACCUCAAGAAAUUGAUCGCGGCGCAGCUCUGUGAUGGAGGCUGGAGUGAGGGAUGGUUGUACAAAUACGGAAUCUCUGGCGUGAAGAUUGGGAAUCGAGGUUUGACGACUGCACUCGCUGUCCACGCCAUCCAGCUAGCUUCCAAGUAGAUCAUAUCGCCCUUGUAACACAGUGAUACAUUGUCAAUGCAUGUCAUUCUCAAGCUCACGCAGCUGUCCAGCCCAGCGACAUUCGAGUAGAACGUUCUCGACGGUCAGAGAUAUAAUAAACAUUGUAGUUCUGUAUUUAGCGACAACGGAUCAGCUCCUGAUGCGUCCGUAAAACAUCUUGAUUCC